CCGGGUCCCCUGCCUCCCCGAGGUGCUCCCUGCCCCAGCUCCUGACAGCAGAGCCCGGGGACUCAUGGCCUCAAGACUUCUCCUGGCGCUCACGCUCUGGACGGGCUGCUCACCCUGUGGCGGGAGAGAAGCAGCCCCCGCCCAGCCCAAGGUGCUGUGCCGGGCCUCUAGGUACCCAAUUGCCGUGGAUUGCUUCUGGACCCAGCCGACCGCUCCGCACUCCGCCAGACCCACGUCCUUCAUUGCCACGUACAGGCUCGGCGUGGCUGCCCACGGGGAGAGCCGGCCCUGCCUCCAGCUGACCCCUGAGGCCACCAGCUGCACCAUCCCAGACGUCCAGAUGUUCUCCAUGGUGCCUUAUAUACUCAACGUCACAGCGGUCCAGCCCUGGGGCAUCAGCAGCAGCUUCGUGCCCUUUGUUCCGGAGCAUAUCAUCAAACCAGACCCUCCAGAAGGCGUCUGCCUGAGCCUCCUCCCUGGGCAGCGGCUGUGGGUGCAGUGGGAACCCCCCCGGUCCUGGCCCUUCCCAGAGAUCUUCUCCCUCAAGUACUGGGUCCGGUACAAGCAUCACGGAUCCUCCCGCUUCCGCCAGGUGGGGCCUAUUGAAGCCACAUCCUUCAGCCUCAGGGCUGUGAAGCCCCAAACCAGGUACUGCGUCCAGGUGGCUGCUCAGGACCUCACUGACUACGGGGAAAGGAGUGACUGGAGUCUCCCUGCUGCUGCCUGCAAGCCCAUGGGCAAAUAGUGGGGCUUCCCAGGCCCCCCCCCAGAAGAGGGGCUGGGUCCUCGACGUCCGCUCCCCACUGCCCCCACUCAAGGACGGAUCGGACCCAACUGGCCUGGGUUCGCUGCUGCCGAGGUGCUGGGCAACUUUGUACAAGUGACUUUGCCUUUCUGAGCCUCAGUUUGUCAAUCUGUGAAAUGGGGAUGUCCUUCUUCCUUAGGCCGCAGUACAGGGCUCUGUGAACUGCGAACCUGUGAUGUUUUUUAUUGUUGAACUAAAAAAAAAAAAA